AUGACUGUUCCGUCCUGGAUCACACAGAAUUACAAAGAGAUUCAUCUUACAACUGGAAAAAUGCAAAAUAAAUCGGGAGCAGGACCUGGGACAGCUAUAGGAGUCUUUGCCCUAUUAUCCGCGAUACUUCUGUCACAUGGACCUCUGGUGUUUGGUGCAGUCAACUGUACAGGGGGGCAGACAGAAGACUUCCUAGAAGCCUUCAAGCCAGUGUUCCAGAAGAAAGCUUUCCGACCAGUUAGAGACCUAAAAGAGCCGACGACAGUGAAUAUUUCCAUUACUCUGUAUGCAAUUCUUGGCGUGAAUGAAAAAGACCAGCUGCUUACUUCAUUCCUCUGGUUACGAAUGGUGUGGUAUAAUGAAUUUGCAGAGUGGGAUCCUUCAUUAUGUGGUGGUAUACAAAAUGUUUCAGUUCCAGCAGAGGAGAUGUGGAUCCCAGAUAUCUUUGUUCAACAGUUCGUGGAUGAGGACAAAUCCCCACAUCUUCCCUAUCUCCUUGUGGAUCACACUGGAAGAGUGAGAUAUCUCAAGCCCUUGAGGGUAGUCAGCUCUUGCAAUCUCAGCAUUUUUCGCUUCCCCUUUGACAUCCAAAACUGUUCUCUUACCUUUGGAUCUUUCUUGGACUCAGUGCAGCACAUUAAGCUUGGCCUCCUAAAGCAAAGCGAGAUCAGUGAGAGAUCCUCUAAGGAUGCACGGACCUCUCAGGGUGAAUGGGAACUGGUCAAAAUAGAGAGUUACUUUGCUGAUGACACAAUGGAUCUGAUAACAUUUAAUAUUAUUGUGAAACGCCGUCCAAUCCUCUAUGUGGUGAAUCUCCUGAUCCCUAGUGCCUUCCUCAUGUUAAUUGAUGUUCUAAGUUUUAACCUCCCUCCUCACACGGUGGACAGAGCGUCCUUCAAGAUGACCUUGCUCCUUGGAUACACUGUCUUUUUGCUUAUCCUAAACGAUUUGCUCCCAGCCACAGCGAGUGGGACACCACUCAUAGGCAUCUACUUCUCUCUUUGCCUGGCAUUAUUGGUCAUUGGACUUUUGGAGACAGUGUUUGUAAUGAACAUUCUUCACCGGGGUUCCUCACAGUGUCCCACUGUGCCCAUUUGGGCACGUACUUUAGUCCUACGCUAUCUCGCCAGAUUGGUGUGCUACAAGAAAGUAGAGCAGCAUGAACCUGAAACACUGAACAAUUCCUUAAUCUCGGAACCGUUAGUAUAUGGGAAGAACAUCAAUGGACAGGUCACUAAUGAAGAGCCUGGUCAAGGAGGAAUCCAGUCCCAGAUAAUCCUUCGAAAUAUCAGCAGUGACCUGCACUCCAUGAGGCGGCUCAUGGAAGGUUAUUUUGAACGGCAGGAGAUAGCAGAAGAAUGGUUACGUGUCGGGCUAAUCUUGGAUUCCCUGGUUUACCGGAUGUAUCUGCUCUUUAUGAUGGUCUAUGCUGUGAUUCUUGGGGCUACAUGGGGGACUUGGUAUCAUGUAUAG